AUGGCGGGCCACAAAAGAAGACGCCUAAACCCAGGUGUUGCAGACCCGUUUCGGCGAUACCCUGACAUUCCAGAAAGCCUACAGGACCUACCAGCCAAUAGGCUGUCUACAAUGACUCCAGUUGAUGGAAACUGGAGCUGCUCUUUUAUCUCAUGUAUCGAAAGAACAGAAUCAACAGAAUGGGGUAGCCCGAAAGUUGCAGCUGCAAGAGCCGUACUUGAGGACGCGGUAACUGCAGGUAACGAGAAACUAGUUCGCACCUAUCAUCCUGCGUUGUCUGCCAGUAAAGUCGUCUCAAUAUACCAGGAAAUGUCAGGGAAGAUAUUCUGGCUGGUAGAGGCAUCUGAAAAUAUUAUUGAUUAUACCCAUGCUGCCGGGAGGGAGAUUCACAUUGAGCGGGGAGUAUAUGCGCCUCAUCCAUUGAGGUAUAUGCUCUCCAGAGAUAUCCACAUUUCACGGUUCAUAUACCCGCGUCGAAUGUUGACUGCCAUGGAUAUUGCGGAAAUCCAACGAUUUUACCCCAACUGUAUAGGGAUCAGAAUUAUUGUAUCCGGAUAUGCCGUAUUUCUUUUUAGAAAUAUGGCGGAAAUGCAAAGUGCCUGGAGCAACGGAAACCCAGACCACGUAGGCGGUUUAUUACCCCGUUUUGACAUUGUGGACAUAACGGCAUGCAGAGAAACAAUACCAUUACCAGAUGGUAAUGGUAUUGCACCUACACCAAGUUCCUUUACUUCUCAGAUAUGCCUUGGCUUAAAAAUACGGCUUGUGGGCGGUGAAGAAGCAAUUACAACUGUUAGCCAUGGCUUCGUCAAGCUACCCCAGUCGGUACCUCGCUUCCCAAGGGCUGCCAGUUGGGUGAUUCAAGCAAAGCAGCGGUUACAAAGAUUCCUGCCGAAUAAGCCUCUUAAUAUGUUCUCUGGUGAGGUGGAGUGCCGUCAACGGGGUGCUCUUGCGUCUUCUGCCCUUGGGAAAGCUGUAUUUCUUUCAGGUGAAGCCACCAGGAUUGGAACCAUUACAACUACAUAUGAUAAUCCAAGCCCACUUUACCCUUAUCCAGCAGGAUACACCCAUGAUUUGUCUUUGUUUACGGACUCUAACCUUCCACGCAUCACUAGCCCACCGGGUGUUGGAAUGGUCACUGGAUGGGCAGACUAUAUUGAUGCCCUCGAAGGAAAACCCGUUUUUACUACCACAUUUGAUGUUUCGAUAAACAAGGAACGACGAGUGGAAGGGCAAAUAGCCACGAGUUCAACAAAACAAGCAAUGAUCGAAGGUGCUGAGUACGUGUGGGAAUCUUCUGCCAUUACUGCCUCUUUGCUAUGGAGAACAAUAGGUAAAGAUAAUCAACCUGUCGACAAAUUUUCGGGAUCUGUUUUAUGUCUCGGAAGACCCACGGAUGAGAAUGUCAAGGCUGUCGUUUUUCAAAAUUACGUUACUCCAGUCAAGGAAUGGAAAAUAAGAGGGGAAGAUCCUCUGUCUAGUACCUUUAAUCCAACAAUGAAGGCAGGCUUUUUACUCCCCAGCGAAAUAAGAGAGAAAUUAUUUGUGAACCCAAGCAAUCACAAAUCACAGGAGAGAGGGUUAAAUUCUCUCCCCACGCGUGGAGAGAAUCCACCUUGUGGUAGCCAGGAAUGGAAAUUCUUUACGGGUCCCCGGUAA